GAACGUCAAUGUCAAAACAGGAAAAAUAAAUUAAUAUAACCUGCAAAUAAGCAAUCAAAAUAAAAUUAAAAUUGUUUUCUGAAAAUUAGACUCUGAACUUAUUAUUGUUAUUAUUAUCUAUUACUUACAAUAUGUUUGGUAUAAGACUGUUUAGACUGGCAAAAACACAAUCUCGAAUAGGACUACCAAAAUCCUUUGUAGUACCAGUCACACAAGGCCAACAAAUAAGAAAGAAAAGUGAUCUCUAUGAACCUGAUUAUUUAAUAAGCAUGGAACCAGAUGAGCCAGUGUAUGACUGUCUGAAUCUUCAGCUGAAAGGUUACGACUUUGCUUUGUUGGAAUCGGCUCAGAGUCAAAUACACAAGUUUGCUGAAGUCAUGGGAAUACAAGUUGAGGAGUGCUGGGCAACUCCUGCCCAAAAACUAAAAGUACAAAGGUUCAAGCCAGGUGGAACUGUAGUGGAUUCAGAAUAUCAUCUUCAUGUGUACGAGAGAAAUGUCCAGGUUAUAGACGUGCCAGCAUGGGCGUUAGGCACGCUAUUGCGGGUGGCGCGUGCGGUUCUCCCCGAGGGCUGCACGCUUAACGUGCACGAGCACGAAGUACAGCAUGAAGAAAUUCGCUAUGUACCUGACAACCAGCUGCUGGAGCUCAAACAACAGCUCGAAGACAUGGGUGGCAGCCGAGCUGAUAGGAAGAAGAGAAAGUAACGUAAUCAUAACAUUGUUAUAGCAAGAAUACAUUAGUGUAUCAUAGUUAAUUAGUAAAAUAUUUUGUUUUCCA